UCGCGCCAUUGAAGCUUAACUUUGUUCAAACACACAAGGUAUUGCUCUGUCAAUUUCUCCCCUUACAACUAUAGAUCUACAUUAUUGUGGUAAAACAAACUUAACAUUCUCUUUAUUCUUUCCUAUGCAGGGACUUCCCCUACUCAGACAUUAAAUACCUCUACUUUCAGUCAAGACAGCAACACUCUGAGCUGCUGAAACAUGAGGGGUGCUUCUUGGUAAAACUAUUCCUUGCAUUAGUCCCAGGCUGGAUGAAGGUUGCCUGCGGUGUCAAUAAUUAUGCCCUGUAUACAAACUAUAGGUUUAAUCACUGCCUCAUGAAUGGAGGUAUCAAGCACACACAGUGCCCCAAUAUCUCUGUGUGUGCUAUUGUAUCCUUCACCCUGCCUGCAUGGUGUCUACUCCUAGACUGAGGGAAUGAUGGUGUCAAGCACACACAGGAGUAUUGACGUGACUCCCUCCAGGCCUGGUGAAAUGGACCUAUCGUCUCUCUAUUAUAUAUAGCACAUGCAGCAGCAAAGUCAACACAUCAUUCGAUCAGCAAGAAACCACCUCACCCCAGCAAUUAGGUGUGUGUGUAAAUUUCUGUAGCCCAUAGUAUAGUAGCUUUGCUCUAUAAUAAUUGUAUACCCUCCCUCGAUCCACACACACACAACCAUGGCCCGGUCAUACACAUUUCUCUCUUAGUAACAGCUUUUAAAUUUGCUCUGUGUUGCAGACCUAUAACAAGGUGUCAGAGUUUUUUCAAUUCCCUGUUAGUAUUGUAACCUAGUGGAACAUUGUUGUGGUUUUAGCUGUGUUCUCAUCAUAUACAAUCAGGACAACUAACACCGGAUGCUUGCUUCGCUUCUGGAUGGUAUGACAAGAUUAAUGACAUCAUCUUCACUUUCAUCAACCAAACUGGUCUCUCUAUGCUUGAGACUGACGGACCAUAAUUAUGGAGGUGCAACGUGCGGCUCAGCUAACCAUACCCACCACACCUCCACCAGUGACUCCGUGUACUGGCAGACACGACUACAAGCACAGCUCUAUUCUGAGCUACGAGCAAAGAACGUGUUUAUCAACCAACCUGACAACUAUUUCUAUUGGGGAGGAAGCAAGUCUGGAAUGGGUUAUAAUGAGAACCAGUACAGCCUGCCUCGCUGGGAGGACCUCAGUGUGAGCAGACAGGGGAUGUAUGAUGAUACCUACCAUUACAUACCCACCCAGGGAUGGAUGUUUGUACCACUGGUCGUGUAUCACGGAGGUGGUUCUGCUGCUCAGUUUGAGCCACUAUCUGAGCACCUAGUGGAGUAUGAGUGGGCGUUGGCACAGUACCUUGGUUACGGAGUUGCAGCUUGUUAUCGUGGCCCCAGGUUGUAUGACACUGAUGCAACCAUGCAGUUGGUGAAGAAGUGGGUGGGUUUCUACAAGACCUAUCGUGACAUUCUGAUCAGUGACAUAGUCCAUGUGAGGAGACCAGACAUGCAAGAUUACGACUGUGUGCUGCACGUGAACCCUCACCUUGACCACCGCGGUCUAGCCAUGAUAUUCAACCCCACUCCAGUGGCCAUCACGCGCAAUAUCAGUCUACCACUGUACUACACUGGCCUGUCUGACAAAGCACUCGUGUUGCCUGAGGGACAGAGUCCGGGGGCAGUGUAUGGGUUGGACAGAGGCUACAACGUGGUGGUGGCUGUCACCAUGGACCCCAAGAGUAUCACAUGGAUACUUAUCAUGUCAUCUGACUAAAUCUAUACGCAGCAAUAGACAGUUGUAGUAUAUAGUGUACUGUUUAGUCGGAAUACUUUAUUGUGCAAGUUUUUAUACCUUUUAAAUUUGCUGCUGUACCUGUAUAAUUUUUUGAAUAGAACUUUUAUCCCACAGUGAAAUAGUACAACUACAUGUAUAUGUAUUCGUAUACCCUUCUUUGAAUUCGAAA